UGCGACACUAUAAAAUUUGUCAUUGGUUGGUUUAAAGCAACCAUUCUUGAUGUCAGACGUGUAUUUUUUCACUACCACAAGAGCAGUUACCUUCAUCUUAGUUUCUCAUGAUCAUGCAUAGGCCAUAAACCAUACGCAUGUGGACCCUUGCCUAAUGAACUUUUAACACUACAGCAUGACUCAUAGUAGCUCAACUAUAUACACUCAGGAUAACAAAGCCAGAGCACACUAUGAUACAGUACAACAAAUAUUAUGGUGAAGUGAGAAUGGGCUACAAGUCAGCUCUAACUCCAAAGCCAGGUCCCUUCGGAGGCUCAGUGAGAGUGGUGAGUCCGGUGAUGGGCUCGGCUGCAUGGCGACUCGAAUAAGGUCCCGGCUUGGGUCGUCUUCCAGCAGCCAACUCAUCCAGAAUAUACUCCAUGUCCUUGGAUUUCAGAUCCUCAUAGUAGUCAUCAUUGAUUUGCACCAUCGGGGCAUUCACGCACGCCCCAAGGCACUCCACCUCGACGAGGCUAAACAGACCGUCCUUUGCCGUUUCGCCAACCUCUAUGCCCAGUUUACUGCGUAUGGUGUCCAGGAUCCCGGUGCUGUCGCACAGCAUGCAGGGAGUGGUAGUGCACACCUGGACGUGGUAGCGACCCACGGGACUCCUGUUGAACAUUGUGUAGAAUGUGGCCACUUCGUACACCCGCAUUUUGGCCAUCCCGAGCAGUUUGGCCACCUUGUUCAUGGCAGAUAUGGGCAGCCAGCCGUGCUGUCUCUGGGCUAGGUCAAGGACUGGGAUGACCGCCGCAGCCUUGUGGGCCUCGGGGUAGUUGGAAACUAUCGUAUCCACCCGCCUCAGGUUGUCCGCCGUGAACUCGAAAGGAACGUCGGGAUUGUUCCAAUCGCUGUCCCUGUGGACGAACAGUUGUUCACCCCCACCACCACAACUGGCAGAGGAGUGCAGCAAUUUUUUCGGAGCCGUCCCUCUGGCCCAGGAGGUGCCGCGUUCUAAAUAACGCACAGCCGAUAAAACUCUCCUUGCCAUUUUCCCUGCUUUCCGUAGGAAGAAUGCACUGAACCGUGAUCUCUUCAAAACAACAGAAAGGUCUGGAUGCUCUACCACUUGGAAACCCUCCGCUUCCCUAACGGGCAGCGUCCAAAAACAAAGUCAAAGUGUAAAGGUCAUUUUGGAUACGCGCAUGCGUAACAUUCUUCGCUCUACAGAUCAGAGACAGUGGAUUCUGUGAUGGCAGGGACUCUCUACACGUAUCCUGAGAGUUUCAGGGCCAACAAGGUGUUGAUAGCGGCCCGGUACAGUGGAGCAGCAGUCAAGGUGGUGUGUGAUCCACCUCAGUUUGAACUGGGGGUCACCAACCAUUCCCCUGAGUUCCUGGCAAAGUUCCCUCUCGGAAAGGUUCCAGCGUUUGAGACGAGUGAUGGAAGCACAAUCACUGAGAGUAACGCCAUUGCCUAUUAUGUUGCCAACAGCCAGCUGAGGGGCACCACUGACCUGGACGCUGCAAGAAUCCUACAAUACAUCAACUUUGCUGACUCUGAAGUCUUGCCUUCCGUGUGUACCUGGACAUUCCCCACUCUGGGCAUCAUGCAGCCCAACCAACAGGCGGUGGGGCAGGCCCAGGCUGCAGUGAAGAGAUGUCUGGAGGUGUUGGACUCAGCACUGGCCACGCGGACGUUCCUGGUGGGAGAGAGAGUGACUCUGGCUGACAUAACCCUCGUCUGCAACCUCCUCCUCCUCUAUAAACAGGUGUUGGAUCCUGGGCUGCGUGCCCCGUACGUCAAUGUCAACAGGUGGUUUGCCACAUGUGUCAACCAGCCUCAGUUCAAGGCUGUUCUCGGAGACGUGCCCCUCUGUACCAAGAUGGCCGUCUUUGAUGCCAAGAAGUACAAUGAGCUGUUUCCCAAGGAGAAGAAGGAGAAGGCAAAGAAAGGUGGAGGAGAGGCAAAGGAGGAGAGUGGGAAAGGCUCGGCCAAGAAGCAACAAAAAUCCGACACCCACAAGAAGAAGGAGGCUGAGCCACCAGCGGAGGAGGACGACGCCCCCAAAACAGCCAAAUUUGUUGAUCCCUACCUCAGCCUUCCCCCCAGCCCAUUCAUCAUGGACGCAUUCAAGCGUGUCUACAGCAACGAGGACAUCGAGACAAAAGCAAUUCCGUACCUGUGGGAGAACUUUGACAAGGAGGGGUGGAGCCUCUGGCGAGCCGACUAUAGAUACAACAACGAGCUAAAGAUGAGUUUCAUGGCCGCUAAUCUCAUUGGCGGAAUGUUCCAGAGAGUGGAGAAGCUCCACAAGUACGGGUUUGGCUCAGUGCUCGUAUUUGGCGAGGAUUACAAGUUGUCCAUCUCGGGAAUCUGGCUCUUCCGUGGUCAACAGCUCGCUUUCAAUGUUAGUUGUGUAGUACAGUGCUGUGAAGCUGGAGUUAUGUGGCCCUGACAAUCAUUGCUCCUGUCAUAAAUCCUAAUCAGAGAUCAUGAGGGGAGAUUAUUGGUUUGCUGUUGUACUAGCAAUGUCAUCAACUUUGAUCUUUUCACCCUGCACACACACACACACACACACACACACACACACUGUGAACCAACAGCUAGUAGACAGUUGGAAUGUCGACGCCCCAUCCUACGACUUCACCAAGCUGGACCCAGAGAACGAGGAGCACCGAAAGAUGGUCAAUGAGUUCCUCGUGUGGAAGGGAGACUUUGAGGGGCGGGGUCCCGAGCCAACCGACGGCAAGAUUUUCAAGUGAACUGAGAUGAUUCUCACUGCUAUAUAGGAGUCUGUUCCAUUCAAAUGACCCUCUAGCAUGCUAAUAAUGGAUCAUUGUGAAUUUGUUUUGUCGAUCCCCUCCACCU